UUGCAUCCCAAAAAUAUCCUCAUCUCUUUAUCGAAGCUCAUCUAAUGGCGACUCUCAAUUUCUCUCUCUUCUGUAAAACCCUAAACCCUCCCAAUACUCAAUCUAGACCUACACUUCUCAAUCACCCUUUCGCCCCACGAUUCCGUCCAACCUCCGAAAUCAUCAUCCCCUUCUUAUCUACUCGUUCGCGGUUAGAAAAUGUUCAAUCUCGUACUUCUCCUGUCCAAGCGACAGUCGGCGGCGACUACAGAAAGAGCAGCAACAGUGACGAAACGAGAGAGACGAUAAUGUUACCAGGCUGUGAUUAUAACCAUUGGCUCAUUGUCAUGGAGUUUCCAAAAGACCCUUCUCCUACUAGAGAACAGAUGAUUGAUACAUAUCUUAAUACUCUCGCUACUGUCCUUGGAAGUUUGGAAGAAGCAAGGAAGAACAUGUAUGCUUUUAGUACAACUACUUAUACAGGGUUUCAGUGUACUGUAUCUGAAGAAGUAUCAGAGAAAUUUAAAGGAUUGCCUGGAGUUUUGUGGGUGCUUCCUGAUUCUUAUAUUGAUGUGAAGAACAAGGACUAUGGAGGUGAUAAGUAUGUUAAUGGGGAGAUAAUUCCUUGUACAUAUCCUACUUAUCAACCGAAACAAAAGAGUAGAACAAGAAAUGAUGGUAAAAGAUAUGUUAGGCAGAGAGAUGGACCUCCAUCUGAUCGGAAACCACAAAAACAAGAGACAACUCCUUCGGAAACAUCGUGAAUUAAUCUCAAUCAGGUUAGCUUUCAGGUUUGUCAAGGAUAGAACUUCUAGUUUCAGAGUUUGGAUCUGACUAUCGUCUGUUCAGGUCAAUCUUUGUUCUAAGAGGUUAUUUGUAGAAACAUGAACACAGUUUUCUUCAUUGAGAUUAUGGAAAGGAACUGAAUUUCUAUAUAUGAGUUCAAUAUUUUAGCUCAA